AUGGACUAUGAUAUCAAAACAGUGGAUCAGCGUCCACCGAGGGUCGUUCCCAAUCACAACGGGUCCUCCACAAUCACAACGGGUCCUCCACAAUCACAACGGGUCAUCCACAAGCACAACGGGUCCUCCACAAUCACAACGGGUCCUCCACAAUCACAACGGGUCCUCCAUAAUCACAACAGGUCCUCCACAAUCACGAUAGAUCCUCCACAAUCACAACGAGUCCUCCACAAUCACAACGAGUCCUCCACAAUCAUAACGGGUCCUCCACAAUCACAACGGGUCCUCCACAAUCACGAUAGAUCCUCCACAAUCACAACGAGUCCUCCACAAUCACAACGAGUCCUCCACAAUCACAACGGGUCCUCCACAAUCACGAUAGAUCCUCCACAAUCACAACGAGUCCUCCACAAUCACAACGAGUCCUCCACAAUCAUAACGGGUCCUCCACAAUCACAACGGGUCCUCCACAAUCACGACGGGUCCUCCACAAUCACAACGGGUCCUCCACAAUCACAACGAGUCCUCCACAAUCACAACGGAUCCUCCACAAUCACAACGAGUCCUCCACAAUCACAACGGAUCCUCCACAAUCACAACGAGUCCUCCACAAUCACAACGAGUCCUCCACAAUCACAACGAGUCCUCCACAAUCACAACGAGUCCAUGCAAUUGCAGAAAAAGAAGGCAAAGGGACUUAAUAAAAAGGCCAUAAUUCCAGAUCCAUAUCACCUCGUUGCAGGAAACGACGAGAAAGGAACUUUUCAAGAAAGACAAAAAGCCUUGGCCAGUUUCCAUGAAGAUGUAUCAUCUGGGAAACUUUAA